CAAAAAUGGUGUUGCCUAAUACAGUAGUAGAUUCCAGCACCCAAGAGCUGCUAGAAGCUCAAUCUCAUGUGUGGAAUCUAACAUUCAGCUUCAUAAAUUCAAUGUGCCUAAAAUCAGCUCUUGAAUUAGGCAUACCCGAUGCCAUCCACAAACACAACAAGCCCAUCACAAUCUCCGAAUUAGCCGACGCCCUCUCCAUCCCCAAAUCCAAAUCCCACGCCCUCUUCCGCCUCAUGCGAGUCCUCGUCCAUUCCAAGGUCUUCGCCAAGGCGGAAGAGGACGCGUACGCGCUCACAGGGACUUCUCGUCUCCUUCUUCGAGACGAGCCCAUGAGCUUCACCCCUUUCAUACUCACCACGACCGAUCCGAUCGCGGUGGGCACGUACGAUAGUAUGACCGAAUGGUUCCGGGACGAGUGCCCGACCCCGUUCGUGACGAAAUACGGGAGAAACGUUUGGGAGUUUGGAGCGCAUGAGGCCAGGUGGAACCAGCUAUUUAACAAGGGAAUGACUACUGAUUCGGAGCUUAUUGGAAAGAUACUCGCGAGAGAAUGCAAACAUGUUUUUGAAGGUUUGGAGACUGUGGUGGAUGUUGCCGGGGGCCGCGGCGCCCUGGCGAAGGCAGUGGCGGCCGCGUUUCCCGGCAUGAAAUUGGUUGUGCUUGAUCUUCCACAAGUGGUUGAUGGGCUUCAAGGAUUUGAGAAUGUGAGCUUUGUGAGUGGAGAUAUGUUCAAGUAUGUUCCUCCUGCUGACGCUGUUAUACUCAAGUGGAUACUUCACGACUGGAGUGAUGAAGAUUGUCUAAGAAUUUUGGAGAAUUGCAAAGAAGCAACCGCUGCAGGUAGUGGCAAAGUGAUUAUUUUGGAUAUGGUUGUGGAUUGUGAGAAGCAAGAACACAAGGCCAUUGAAACUCAAUUGUUUUUUGAUAUGGUGAUGAUGGUUGGGCUUGGAGGAAAAGAGAGAACUGAGAAAGAGUGGGCUAACCUAUUUUCUAUGGCUGGCUUCCAAAAUUAUAAGAUCACUCCCCUUUUAGGAUUAAGGUCUGUAAUCGAGGUGUUUCCUCGAUGAUUUGUUAGUACCAAAUAAUAUUUCAUUUUGGUAUAUUGUACUGCAUGUUGGCAUAUUUGAUUUGUCAUGUAUUUCCUCCUAUUAAUAAGAUUGCCAUCACUUUUUAUGGGCA